AUGGCCUCUCGCAGAAGAAACGUCAAGAAGGGAGUCCAGUUCACUAUUAUGGUCGUUGGUGCUUCGGGCACGGGACGAACGACGUUUGUGAACACGCUCUGCGAGUCGGAGAUUAUCCCACACAAGGUCAACGAUAACCCAGACACGGCCCAUAUUGAAGAAGGCAUCCGCAUCAAGCCCGUCAAUGUUGAGCUCGAAGAAGACGGUGUUCGUAUCUCUUUGACGAUUGUCGAUACCCCAGGCUUUGGCGACAAUAUCGACAACGAAUUUACCUUUGGAGAGAUUGCCGGCUACAUUGAGCGUCAAUACGACGAUCUCCUCGCUGAAGAGUCUCGCAUCAAGCGUAACCCACGCUUCCGCGACAACCGUGUCCACGCCCUUCUCUACUUUAUCACCCCUACCGGACAUGCUCUCCGCGAGAUUGACAUCGAGUUGAUGCGCCGUCUUUCCCCCCGCGUUAAUGUCAUCCCCGUCAUUGGCAAGGCAGACUCACUCACUCCUAGUGAAAUGAAGAGCUUUAAGAAGCGUAUCAUGGAGGAUAUUGAGCAUUACGAUAUCCCGAUCUACAACUUCCCAUACGAUGUCGAGGAAGAUGACGAAGAGACCAUUAUGGACAACAGCGAGCUCCGUAGCCUCCUUCCGUUUGCCAUCAUUGGCUCGGAGGAAGAGGUCGAGGUCAAUGGCGAGCUCAUUCGUGCCCGUGUGUAUCCAUGGGGUCUUGCCGAGGUCGACAAUCCAAAGCACUCUGACUUUAGCAGGCUCCGCUCUGCGCUUCUCAACUCCCACCUGACGGACCUCAAGUCAUUGACACACGACCUGUUGUACGAGACGUACCGUACCGAAAAGCUGUCGCGGGCCGUGCAUACCGAGCACGAUGCGUCCAUUUUGCCCGAGGACCUGGCCACACAGAGCAUCCGACUCAAGGAGGAGCAACUCCGUCGCGAAGAGGAAAAGUUGCGCGAAAUCGAGCUCAAGGUUCAGCGCGAGAUCAACGAAAAGAGACAAGAGCUGCUCGCCAAGGAGGAGUCGCUCCGAAACCUGGAGAGCCGUCUCGCUGCUCAGGGCUCGACUGCCGAGUUCUAA